AUGUUGUUAACAAAGGUGCGCGGCGCUCAAGCUCCGAAAGCCGAUCGUCUGGAGUCGUUCAUCCAGUUCGGAAUCACGGUGAAGCAACUAUGUGAUCACCUUGAGGCAGCUCACCUGUCGGACCAUCUUAAUAAUCCGAUGUUGGUGAACGAACUAGUCGACAAACUUCCGUCCAAUUAUAAACUGGAAUGGGUCCGGUAUAAGAGACAGAAUAGAGGAACGCCGCUACGCGUUUUCACUGAUUUUAUGAACGACAUCGUUUCCGAUGUGUCGGAAGUGUCCGAGUUCUCGGCGCUCAGUCUGAGCGAAGUUUCGUCUUCCGAGAAAGGAAACCCAAAGAAAAAAGAGUUCCUUCAUGUUCACGGUUCAAUCCCGAAUGAAUCCGAGGUUCUGACGAUGUCAAAGACGCUCAAGCCUUGUUGGGUUUGCAAGAGAACAGAUCACAAGUUGCGAUUCUGUGACGAUUUUAAAAAACUCAGUGUCAUAGAUCGACUGAAAACAGUGGAGCAACAUAAACUCUGCGCGCUGUGCCUAAAUAACCACGGCAAAAGUCGAUGCAACUUCAAAGUUCGAUGUAAUGUCGUCGGAUGUCAAGGAGAACAUCAUCCUUUGCUGCAUCGAGCCGAGGGAACCGUCCAGCUGCUUAAUGUUGAGUGUCAUGCUCACGGACUAUUAAAUCGUGCCGUUAUCUUUCGUAUGGUGCCAAUUACACUCUAUUUCGGAAACUACGCGAUAGAUGUUCUGGCCUUUUUGGACGAAGGUUCAUCCACAACACUUGUAGAGGAGUUCGUAAUCAACGAAUUGAAUGCGGAAGGAGUUAUUGAACCGUUGGUCGUUACGUGGACGGGCAAUGUAAAGCGCUACGAGAAUCAGUCGAAGAAGGUGGAUCUCAAGCUCUCGGCUAGAGGAUCCCGUGAAAUAUUCCCGUUAAAGAAUGUACGUACGGUGGAAGUGUUAAAGAUGCCGAAUCAAGCGAUGCAGUUUGAGAAGAUCGGAAGUCGUUAUCCACAUUUGAAGGGGUUGCCAGUAUUGAGUUACGCUUUGGAAGAACCUCGUAUUAUAAUCGGUCUAGACAACUUGUACGUAUUCGCUCCUUUAGAAACGCGCGUCGGCGAGCCUGGUCAGCCGAUCGCCGUUAGGUCUAAGUUAGGGUGGACCAUCUAUGGGCCAGAAACUCCUGCAGCAGUUGUCGUUGCGGAAAAUUAUGUGAACGUUCAUUCCAUUGAACCGAUCAGCAACGAGGAUCUCCAUGAGAUGCUGCGGACCCAGUACUUGCUGGAGGACACCGGUUCUCUUUGCAUCGCAGUCCCAGAGUCCAUUGACAACCUUCGCGCACGUAAAAUUCUCGAAUCAACGACGCUACGGAUCGGCAAUAGAUUCGAAACGGGUCUACUGUGGCGUGAAGACAAGAGAAGAUUCCCGGACAGUUAUCCGAUGGCGGUCCGACGGAUGAAGGCGCUAGAGAAAAAAAUGGAGAGAAAUCCGGAGCUUCAACAAAAUAUCCACCAACAGAUAGAGGAGUAUGAGGCGAAGGGUUACGCGCAUAAAGUAACGAAGAAGGAGUUAGCUGGAACAGAGAAGAAUGCGGUGUGGUAUCUUCCCUUGAAUGUGGUGCUCAACCCACGAAAACCUGGCAAAGUUCGUCUAGUGUGGGACGCAGCAGCCUCGGUGGAUGGCAUUUCGCUCAACACCGAGCUACUAAAAGGUCCCGACAUGUUGCAGUCUCUGCCGUCGGUGAUCAACCAGUUUCGCGAACGGCGAAUCGCGUUCGGUGGGGACAUACAAGAAAUGUACCAUCAGAUACGCAUACGGGCGGAAGAUAAACAGGCUCAGCGGUUUCUGUUUCGGUCUAAUCCUGCCGAUGUUCCGACAGUGUAUGUCAUGGACGUGGCUACGUUUGGGGCUUCCUGCUCCCCCUGUUCGGCGCAGUUUAUCAAAAAUUUCAACGCAUUGGAAUUUGCGACUGAGUUUCCACGAGCCUCGGAUGCGAUCGUUCAAAAGCACUACGUGGACGAUUAUUAUGAUAGUGUGGACACCAUCGAAGAUGCUAUAGAUCUAGCGAAACAGGUGAAACAUAUUCACUCUCAAGGUGGUUUCAGGAUCAGGAACUGGGUGUCCAACUCCAAGCAGUUUCUGAAAGCGAUGGGUGAACAGAGAGUGAAUCCUACUGUCCACUUCAGCCGGGACAAAAACACGCACACUGAGCGAGUUCUGGGAAUCGUGUGGGAGCCCAACGAGGAUGUUUUUUUGUUUUCGACCGCCGAACGAGAAGAGUAUCAACCAGUUCUGCAAGGGGUUAAACGACCAACCAAAAGGAUCGUGUUGAGCUGUGUCAUGGCGAUGUUCGACCCUCAAGGUCUGCUUUCUCCGUUUACCGUAUUUGGUCGCAUGUUAGUUCAAGACCUGUGGAGAACUGGCUGCGGAUGGGAUGACGAAAUCGACGAGGAGUCAUUUCAGAAGUGGGUUCGCUGGACAAAAGUGCUGCCGAUGAUAGAAGCGAUCCGAAUUCCCCGAAGUUACUUCGGAGACGUCAGAAGGGACCAACUCGAAGAUCUUCAACUGCACGUGGUGUCUGACGCUAGUAAAGGUGCGUACGGGUGUGCGGCCUAUUUCCGAGCUGUGAUUGGUGGAACGAUCCGGUGUGUGUUGGUGACUAGUCGGGUGAAGGUGGCACCAUUAAAGCCAAUAUCCGUUCCUCGACUCGAACUACAAGCGGCAGUAUUGGCAGCUAGGGUGGCCUUUGCGGUGAGAAACGGUCAUUCAUUCAGUAUUAGGCAGCAGUUUUUCUGGACGGACUCAACGACCGUGCUUUCGUGGAUCAGAUCUGAUCAACGCAAUUACAAGGAGUUUGUUGGUCUUCGCAUUGGAGAAAUUCUAACCCGGACAAACCUCUCGGAAUGGCGUUGGGUUCCUACGAAGAUGAACGUCGCAGACCAGCUAACUAAGUGGACGAGAGAUCCUGAAGUAAAUUCUACGAGCAGUUGGUUUACCGGGCCUAGAUUCCUGUAUCUGCCAGAAGCAGAUUGGCCGAAGCAGAAGCUGCCGCGUCCAGAUACCGAGGAAGAAUUGAAAGCACAUCUACAUGUCCAUGACGUACAGCUUCCCGCCUCUGUUAUAGAUGUAAAUCGUAUUUCGAAGUGGACGGUCCUGGUAAGAACGAUGGCUUGCGUGUUUCGGUUUGUAUCAAAUUGCCGGAAAAAGGUGAAGGGGUUGCCGCUAGAAACGCUGAAACCGACAGAAAAGCAGAUGAAGAAGAUUAUUCCGAUUGCCCAUGCGGUGUCACGGACGCCACUGAAACAGGAAGAGUUCCAGCAGGCGGAAAUUUGGCUAAUGCGGAUGGCACAAUCGGAUGAGUUUAGCGACGAACUGAAAAUUCUUAUAAAAAACUCGAAGCUUCCAAUCGAGGCGUGGUUGGAAAUCGAGAAAACCAGUUUCCUCUACAAGAUAACUCCUCUCAUCGAUGAAAACAACCUUCUGCGCAUGGAUGGCCGAGCGGGACCAGCUGAUUUCCUGCCGUUCGAUCUUCGAUUCCCGGUGGUGCUGCCGAAGGACCAUGCCGUCACCUGGAAAAUCGUGCAGCAUUAUCACGAACGGUUCGCCCACGGUUACAGAGAAACCGUGAAAAAUGAAUUGAGACAACGAUUUGUGAUCCCGCAAAUGGGUAGUAUUGUGGCGAAAGUAGCCAAAGCUUGUAUCCAGUGCAAGGUCACCAAGAGCCGUCCAAGAUGUCCUCGGAUGGCUGCGUUACCAGUGCAGCGAGUAACUCCUUUCCAGCGACCGUUCAGCUUCGUGGGGCUCGACUACUUUGGGCCGAUAACAGUGUCGCUCGGUCGCCGAAGUGAGAAAAGGUGGGUCGUUUUGUUCACGUGCUUGGUAAUUAGGGCCGUUCACCUCGAAAUAGCAUAUUCUCUGACAACGCAGUCGUGCCUGAUGGCCAUUACACGCUUCGUCUCUCUUCGAGGGCCGCCGUUGGAAAUAUUUUCGGACAAUGGCACUAAUUUCAAAGGGGCCAGUAGGGAGUUGUUGGACCAAUUACACAGCAUCAACGAAGAAUGUGCAGGAGAAUUGACAUCGGCUCAGACGAAGUGGAGUUUCAACCCUCCAGCCUCACCCCACAUGGGAGGAGUUUGGGAGAGACUUGUCCGUUCAACGAAAACAGUACUCGAAACAAUUGACGAUGGAAAGCGAUUGACGGAUGAAAUCCUGGCAACUGUGAUAGCCGAAGCGGCGGAAAUUAUAAACAGCCGCCCGCUUACAUAUGUUACGCAGGAAUCGGAAAACUUGGAAGCCCUUUGUCCCAAACAUUUCCUUCGCGGUAUGGCUCCAAACGAACCGAGGCUCAAUGCACCUCCUGUGAAUCCAGCAGUAGCCCUGCGGGAUUCAUAUCAGCGAUCACAGGAGAUAGUCGAAAACUUAUGGAAGAGGUGGAUAAAAGAAUAUAUUCCAUCUAUAAAUCAGCGUACCAAGUGGUUUGGUGAAGCAACGAAUUUGAAGCGAGGUGACUUGGUGUACAUUGUUGAGGGGGGAAAACGAAAAUGCUGGGUGCGCGGAAUCGUUGAGGAACCGAUAGUAGCUGGAGAUGGAAGAGUACGUCAGGCCUGGAUCCGUACAAACAGUGGUGUACUGAAGCGAGCGACAGCGAAGCUUGCAGUGUUAGAGAUUAAUGAGGGUGACGCUGGACCGGAUGUGGCCAUCGGACCAGGUUCACGGGCCGGGGCAUGUUGUGGUCAGAACCGCAGGGCAGAUGAAGAUGUCCCUGUCGCAAUGUGA